UCAGUCAGUGUAAGUGAAGUGUCUGAAUCCAAAAGUUUCUGUCAGCACUUUACCUCAUCUCCUCUUCUGUUUUUUGCUAAAUGUGAAAUUAAAAUUAUUAAUAAUAACAAAUUCGAUAAGAACAUACAGUGUAAAUUAUUUACACUACUAUCUAAUUUAUUUGUCACCACAAGUGCUCCCCAACAUGAGAAGUAGGCAUUUACUCAAUGGUUGCAUUUUGUUUGUCGAAGUGUGUUUUCUCUGAGAUUGGUGGUAAAGUCAAUGUCAGCUUCAACAAAAACAAAUAUUUUCACGUUUAAUUGUUUAAACAGGGUAUACCUAGUUUCAGAAGUUGAAGACCAUUUAAGUAUGAUUUUCUGGCCAUGAAAAUAAUUUAAAAUGGAUAUAAAAGCAUUAACAAAGAGCUCAACCUUUAAUUCAUUCACAACUGGUAGCAGUCACAAGAUUGGAGCAUGGUUUGCCACCUUAAGCCUACGCACAAGAAAGGCUUCAAAAAGUAUUACGUUAGGUGUUGUACCAGAAAAUCCACGGAUUGGAUCUGAUGGUGAGUCGGAAGAAGUUUCUGAUGAUGUUACAUCACCAGUAAAGCUGCGUCCUAAAAGCAGAAGAUUGAGUGAGAAUAUCAAUAAGCGACUUUCGCUACCCGCAGACCUUCAUUUGCCAGAAGAGAAGCAAAAUGUCAGCCCUUGCACAGUUGAUCGGCCUCUUAGUCGAGCAUCUCGCCGACAAUCUCUCUCAGAAAUUGGCUUUGGUCGCAUGGAGACGUACACAAAGCUGAACAAGUUAGGCCAAGGUACAUACGCAACAGUAUUUAAAGGAAAAUCUAGGCUAACAGACAACUUGGUGGCACUGAAAGAGAUAAGGCUAGAACAUGAAGAGGGGGCCCCAUGCACAGCAAUACGUGAAGUGUCAUUGCUCAAGGACCUGAAACAUGCCAACAUAGUGACAUUACAUGACAUUGUUCACACAGAAAAGUCAUUGACUCUAGUUUUUGAAUAUUUAGACAAAGACUUAAAGCAGUACAUGGAAGACUGUAGCAACAUUCUCAGCAUGAACAAUGUUAAGUUAUUCCUAUUCCAAUUGCUUCGAGGUUUAGACUACUGUCACAAACGAAGAAUCCUGCAUAGGGAUCUGAAGCCUCAAAAUCUGUUAAUAAAUGAAAAAGGAGAACUCAAAUUGGCAGAUUUUGGGCUUGCCCGUGCAAAGUCAGUCCCAACAAAGACAUUUUCUAAUGAAGUGGUAACUCUGUGGUACCGACCUCCAGACGUCCUACUCGGGUCCACCGAGUAUUCAACUCCCAUUGACAUGUGGGGUGUCGGAUGUAUAUUCUUUGAGAUGGCUUGUGGUCGUCCACUAUUCCCGGGCUCUACUGUGGAAGAAGAGCUAAGACUGAUAUUCAAGGGCCUAGGGUCUCCACCUGCAGACGCUUGGCCUGACUUGCACGUGCCAUACACUUUCCCUCGAUAUUACCCGGAACCUAUUCUGUCUCGGGCCCCACGACUCGACUCCGAUGCAGUAGACCUUCUCAAUAAAUUCCUAUGUUACGUAGCCAAAAAGAGGAUUUCUGCUGCCGAUGCCAUGAAGCACCCUUAUUUUUGCUCUCUGGGACCUGCUGUACACAAAUUGGCGGAUGUGGCCUCUAUAUUCUCUGUGCCAGGGAUUCAGCUAAGUAAGGACCCCGGUUAUCAUUCCUCUGGUUCCAAUGCGCGCCGCAGAUUACCUGUACAACUACGUAGGCAGAGUAUGCUCUUAUGAUGACAUCAGUCAGCACAAGUCUGUUAUCAGUGUAUUCUUGACAUUAAGUGCACUUUUCCGCUUCUGUUGUUAGCAAUAGUUUGACCACAUGUAAUGCUACGGACUUUGGCUGUGAUAUUUGUGGUAAGAAACCCUUAAAUGAAUUAUUACAGUGUGCAUUAUUUUAACUGUCAUUAAGUUUAAUGUAUUUGGAUGAAAAUCAUACUACCUUUUUUUAACGUCUAAACCUUGUUUGAAAGUGAACACUGCUAAGUUCGGUUUACUCUGUUUAAAGUAGUUAUUCUACUGAGGACAGAUUUUUUUAAAUACAAUUUAAUCCUAAGUGAGAUUUUGACCCAUGUAUGGUUUGUUCAUAGCCUAAGUUGUUUAUAGAAUAUUGAGGAAGUGAUUUUAAAAUUCAGUUUGAAUCAUGGUUUCAAUAGUAAUAUAAUACUGUUUUUGUGGGAAUGAAAAAUAGGUAUCGUAUCAUUAUUACUUAUAAUUUUUUUAAGGUUGGGUGAGUACUAAUGAUUUUAGUCUUUUAAAGUAGUUUUAACUAAUGGCAACCGUAAGACAUCGCCAAAAUAAAAUUAGCUAAAGCUAGUUUACUUUAUGUUAAAAGUUUAAUCAAUUACUGUAACUAUUUUUUCCAAAUAUUGAAUACAGGCGGGCGCAUCCAAAUGUUUUGUAGAGUUUGGCAACCAUCUUUAUUCCCGCAAUUAUACACUAUACAAAUUAUAUCUAAUUUAUUAUAAAUAAAGUAAAGAAUUUUAUUACAGAAUACAAUUUUUAAUAAAAAAAAUAAUGACAGCUAAUGUUUCAGUGUAUUACAUGACUGUAUCAAAUGCAUUGUUUAACUUUUGUAUCACUAGAAGUUAGAGUCUUUGUAUUGCAGUACUCACCCAUCCAUAUGCUUUUAUAUUACUGAACUGUGCAAAUUUUUGAAACUGUUAGGUAACUUUUGAUUUUUUACUUUAACCUAGCUACACUUUUCAUAUAGGUACGCAACCUUUUAAUUCAAUCAACAGUUUUAGCAUUUUCAUGUUAAGAAUUUCACUAUAAAAAUAAAUAAUACAGGUAUUUAUUUAAAGUAUAGUUUAUAUGGAAUAUGGAAUUUAUAUGUAUAAUUAAUCGUAUCAGUUAGUUUUCACUUAUUUGAGAAAUACAUAGUUAACUUUUAAACCCAAUAUUUGACCAAUUGGUCUGCUAUUUGCAACAUAAUGAUGAGUCUAACAAUUUCUUAUUGCAUUAUCUUAUACAAUUGUUAAUCACAGGGUGUGCACAGGCACAGGAUUAGAGAGAAAGUUAAUUUUAGUAAAUAUACUUUGUUUCAUACCUAACUUUCAGUAAAAUUUGUCAACUUUAAGCAAGAAUUGGCUGGGAAAUGAGUCUUGAAAACAUUGGGUAUUAUAGAUUUCAUCAUAUGUUUGUGGUGUUGUUUGGUUGAAACAAUUUGUUUAUUUGGGAUACCUACAGGAAGUUUUUAUAAAAAAAAUUUGUUUUGUUUUGUUUUGCGGCUGGUCAAUGUUUUCACAAAUGUAUUGGAUCUAGCACAGCUGCAGCUGUUCAUAGUUUGUCCUGUUGAUGGGAACACCAGUGUAUAAGCAGGAGCUCUUAGUUAUGGGAUAUAUUACAUAAAAGAAUAUUCAGGGUAAUCAUUAUUGUUAUUGUAAAUGCCUGUGAUUGUGACAAAUAUCCAGCAUAUUACUAUAUUGGUCUGCAAAACAGGUCUUUGAGGUAAACUUGCCUAAUUAAUUUUUCGCUAUAGAAUUGUCAUUGUGAAUUGAAUUGUUAAUUGUCUUUUAACAACCAACCUAUUCAAAUUAUAUCUUUGGUUGGAAUUCCAGAGAACAAAUGAUAAAUGUCAAUACGCAUUACAGUAAGCUCAAGACUAAAUAAUGCACUGUAUAAUUUCAAUAAUAUUUAAACUUACAUUUGAUUAUACUUGUUGAAUGGUUUACCAAUGUCUUAAAGCCUGUUUAUAUAAUUUUGGAUUGUGAAUAUUUUAUAUUACUGUAUGUUAUUAUAUAAAUCUUAUGUAAUUGUAUUAUCUUUAUUACCCUAAUAAAGCAUUUUAAAAGUUUGUUUAUUAUUUUAAAUCGGUUAAAUUGAUAUUCAGCAUAAUUUGGAGCUUCUUUGCAAUGAAAGGAAAAUUCUUCAAAGGCAUUAUUAUUAUUAGGCAUAAUUAUUGAAAGGCAUGGCAUGUUCUUGAUAAACUCACUUUGAUAAUCGCUGUAUUUUUUAUAUUACACAAAUUUUGUUGCUAUUUGAUUUUAGACCAUAGGUUAAAUUCUGUGUAAAUUGGUAUAGCUGAUAGACAAAGUCUGAACACCACUCCUAGUUACUUCCCAUAAAAUGUUAUAGUAGUAUCAUUCAAAAAAUACUAUUGUAUGUAUAGGUAGUUGAAAAAGUCUGAAAUAGUUGGGGAAAAUAACAUUUUUUUCUUUUAAAGUACAUACCUUUUUAGGAGCAAAGUUUGAUUGUAAAAGGAAUAAUUCAUUAGCUAUAUGUUAAUUGAUUGUCAAUUUUAUUUCAAUGUAUUAAGAUAUCUUGUGAUGAAAUAUAAUAUUACAUAGGGUGACCCAGUAAAACAAGAAAUUUUAAUAUAAAACAUUUAACAUAUUUUACAAGCCGGUUGAUGUACUUCUAGGAAAUUUUUGUAGAACAAAUAAACAAUUUAAUAUGUAUAAAUAAAAAGCAUUAGUAGAACAGGCAACAGUAGACAUUAGCAAUGUACACAUUAAAAGAAAAAAAAAAACAACAGUAGAUUGGAAACUGUUCAGAGAAAGCCUAAAAAUAGGUAGAAUCAAUGGAAUAAAAAAAAUAAAUGAUACCUGUUAGUGUUUCUGUAAUGGCACUUUUUGAUUUUUUUUAUUGUUAGAAAUACUUAAAUUUCUAUUCUUAUCAGCUAAUAUUCUUGGGUUGUUAGGAGUUUCCAUUUUUUGCGUCACCCUUUAAUAUAAGUUAAUAGUAAAUAUUUCACUUUAGCAAAGUAUUUUUGAGGCAGUACUAAGGGUUUAUCAAUGUAAAAUUAAAAAAGAAAGCUCAAUAUUGAUCCUAAAUUCUUUAAAAAUGCUUCUUGAAUGGAAAAAAAUAUUUCAUUACAAUUGACUAAAUAAAAAUGUUUAUACUCAGUGUCCCCUAAAAAUGUGCUUUUAUAUCAUAAAUCUGUCAAAUAGUUUUGUUUACUGAUGUCGCUUGUCAAAAUUGACAAAUUGUAUAGAGAAGAUAUAACAUAAAACAAGCAUGAAGAGAAUAGGGAAUGCCAAUAAUUUGUGUUGACAUUCCAAAACUUCGAUAUGUGCCAGUUAGGUUGCAGGUCCAGUCUUGCAUGUGCCGUUUAUUAUAUAGCCUCCUUACACUUAUUUAUUCAAUAAGUAAUUUAGACUUUAGAUAUUGAAGAACUGAAAAUAUUCUUAUCCAUUUAAAUAAUUUAGAAAAUAUUGUAAUGUUAUUGUUUGAACGCUGGUCUUACUCUGUAGCUAUUGGUAGUUUGUUAUAUAUUGUAUUAAUAUGUACUGUAAAUUGCACUUGUUGUAUUUCAUAUAUUUAAGGGUAUCCACUGGCAGGAAUAAUUUUAACAUAUAAAAGAAUUUUUGUCCGUUCAGGAAUAUUUUUAUGGAGCUGUCUUUGUGAGCCCAUUAUUAUUUAUAAACUAGACAAAUUGUAGUUUAGGUGAAGUCCGCCCAUGUUGGCCUUCUUUUAAGGGUCAUAAAACAGGAUUUUAUAUUUUGUAAUGAAAGAUUUUAAAGAAGCACUUCUUUUAUAGGUAGUAAAAAUAUAUUCAAUUCACAAUAAGUAAUUAAUAUUUUCAGAUUUGUUGCUUUUGCUUAAAACCAAAUGUAGGAAAAGUUAAACAAACAUGGUUAGUAGAUGUUUGAUGGAAGUUGGGAAAAAUUUAAUUUCAAUCGUUUGUUAUACUUAAGCGUCAAGUGGAGUUGUACAAAGUUUGGUGAAGCUUGAACUGUUAAAUGUGAAUUGUUUUAAGCAUUUAAUAUUUCUAAAAAUUGUCUUUAAACAUACAGAUUUAUACAAAUUAAUAGAGGUGUGCAAGCGGAGGCUUCAAGCUUGUGAGUUCGAGCUUGAGCCAAGUUUUUACGAUCGUGGUGGCAGAUCACAUCUGCUAACACCACGCGAUUGCAAGAUUCACAUUUUUGCUCGAAUUGCAGAUGACAAAAAUAACGGUUCUGUGAUCGCGCAAAUGAUGACGAUUCUCAGAAAAAACCAAAGAUAAUAACAAUUUUGCUGUGAUCGCGGGAAACAGUGAUGAUGUCCACACGACCUUGGGAAGUGUUCACGAUAUUACCAUGAAUAACAUUGUAAUUAAGUGAUAAAUGCACAUUUCACCCAAUUAAUAAUUACUAAAUCUAAUACUGCUUUCUAAAUACAGUGUACUAUUAUAUAUUAUAUUGCAUUUUUAAUAUACACUGUAUGAGAAAUUAUCUUAUUAUUUGGUGUUGCCUAGAAUUCACUUCGUAAAAAAGCUCGAUGUCUGGUUUGAUAAAAAAUCUGAGGCUCGCACACCUCUACAAUUAAAUAUUCCUGAAGAAUGAUUUUUAACAUUAAUACCUUAACAAAAAAACGAUGAGUUCAGGAAGCAAUGAUGCAUGGUUUUCAACUAUAAUAUCCUACUCGUUUAGACGAUGUUCAUACUGUACAUUUAUCACCAAUAAUGCGGAGUAAGGUGAACUGAUGUCGGUCAUAUUAUUUAACUUGUGGCCUAUCUCAAAAAUGUAUAGCUUUGAAACAAAUUUUAUUUUGCUGACACAUACUCAUCCUGGCCUUUAGUAAACCAAAAGCAUUUUUUAAUAUUAAGGUUCCUAACAAGGCUUGCUCAAAAACUCACUCAACGCAACCAUAUUUUACCCUGUAAUUAUAAUACAUCUGGAGUGUAUAAGGAUUUUAUAUUUUGAUCCCAUAAACCUGAUUGUGAAUUAUGUCAUGUGGUUGUAUUAGAAUAAGUGUAGGUCAUUGAAAUUAUCCGAUAAUAGUAAUUAUGGUAUUCUUGGUUGGUAAAGAAUAGCCUACAUUGUGGGUCCUUUCAAACAUUGAGUACUGCAAGUUUAAACAUCUCUGUAAAAUCCAAAGGUUUACAAUUAUAACAUCCAAGAAACAUCGUAUGCUGAUAGUGUUAGGAGUUAAAGUUUCUUUAGUUGAUCAAUAAACGUCUUGAAUAUUAUUUUAACGUCAUUAUUUCAUAAUAAAGACUAAAAAUAUACAACAUUUUUCAGUUGUUUCUUCUUAACAUGAAAUAAACUUCAGAUCACUUCACUAUACAGGGUGUUUGGUAGUCAGUGUCAAAUAUUUUAAGGCAUUAUUAAGUACCUGAAUUGCGAUAAAAAUACAGAUUUGGAUAGUUAUAUCUCACUCCUACUUAUUUCUGAAACUCAAUCAAUGAUUACAUAUUUAAACUUUUUUAUAAUUAAACUUCAUUGGGACUCUUAAUAUGAGAAUAUGUACUUGUUUUCUAUAUCACACUGUACAACUCAAUACUUGUUUGCGUACAUUCUGUCAGUAUUUUUGAGUCAAUAUUUUAAUAAUUUUCUAUUGCAUACAUUAUAAUUUAUUGCCUCUGACUUCCAAUUAAUGUAUCAGCACAAGUUAGAGUCUUGUGUCUUAACCAAGUACGAAUCAAUGUAGUUAUGUUCAGUAUUAAUUUAAUUGAUUUUUUGUGUGGUGAAGCACCCGUUAGGAGGUCAUGAUAAUUUUUGGCUACAUGAGUGUUUGUUAUGUAUUGUUAUCUCGAUGUAAACCUGUGAGUUAUAUUCAUGAGAUCUGUUAGUAAACGAAAAUAAUUUAAUGUU